AUGUCCCAGGUAUAUACGUCGUCCACUAUACCGUUAAGUUUUGAUCCACAGCAUGAAGGGCAUCUGCAAUGGCAACAUAUUCCUCCUAGUUCGUCAGGAAAUGCACCACCUGAGUCUGAAUCAUUCGUGGAUAAUGCAUCACCAAUCAUUAACUGUAUGUUAGCUGGUGGGUUUGGAGGAGUAGUCGGAGAUUCUACUAUGCACUCUUUAGAUACUGUCAAAACAAGGCAACAAGGAUUUCUGUAUCAGCUUAAAUAUAGAAGUAUGAUACCGGCAUAUUUAACAAUUUUCAAGGAAGAGGGGUUUUUUAGAGGUUUGUAUGGAGGAUAUACUCCAGCUAUACUUGGAUCUCUUCCUUCUACGGCCGCAUUCUUCGGGACCUACGAAUAUUCAAAAAGAAAACUUAUCAAUGAAUUCCAUUUUAAUGAAACUAUAUCGUAUUUUAUAUCUGGUGUCUUGGGUGAUUUAGCGUCUAGUAUUUUCUAUGUUCCCUCAGAAGUCUUGAAAACAAGAUUACAAUUACAAGGAAGACACAAUAAUCCACACACUAAAGGGUGUGGUUACAAUUAUAAAGGUUUAACUGAUGCGAUAUCAUCAAUAUGGAAAAAAGAAGGACCUUCAACGUUAGUUUUUGGUUAUAAGGAAACAUUAUUCAGGGAUUUGCCAUUCAGUGCCUUGCAAUUUGCUUUUUAUGAAAAAAUCAGGCAGCUUGCUAUCUAUUACCAUAAAUCAAAUGAUUUACCAGUUUCAAUAGAGUUAUUCACCGGUGCCUCGGCUGGUGGAUUGGCUGGUAUUUUGACAACGCCGUUAGAUGUCAUUAAAACGAGAAUUCAAACUGCAACUACGUCUACCGCAGCUGCAUCCUUGAAGCCUGCAUUAACUAAAAAACCUCAAAGCACAAAUCCAAUAUUCUCAAUAUUAGAUAAAUCAUCGACAAUAAAAGCUUUAAGAUCUAUCUAUAAAAUUGAAGGUGUAUUUGGGUUAUUCUCAGGUGUCGGGCCUAGGUUUAUUUGGACAGGAAUUCAGAGUUCUAUCAUGUUGUUAUUGUAUCAAGUUGCACUUAAAAGAUUUGACCAGUGUUUGGAGUCAGGAAUGAAACCAAAUUGA